AUGGAUCGUCGUGUUGGCUCGCUUGCCGUUUUAUUACUCCUGUCAGCUACCAUCCCUCUGUCGCAAUCAUGGCUCGUGCGAUGCCCUGCGAUCUUCAGCAACCCCGUCGUCAGCGUGAUCCAGGCGACCAUGCGAGGCGACAAGAAGAAGGCCGAUACAACACAAAUGGCGGACGGUACACUAAAGAUUACUGUAUUCUCGAGCACCAAGGGCACGGACAUCAAAUUCGAGCUCACCUCCAACGACCUCUACUUUCCGCUCUUCAAAACUCUUAACUACGGCCCCGCGGGAGCAACCGGCGAUGCUAUUCUGACCAUUCCCGGCACGCCCACGAUCGCACUGCGCGCCGAUGGCAUCACGUACAAGUCGGUCGGGUGGAUCAAGCAGGCGGAUUCCGCCAAGGCGAGCAACGGGCAAACGGUUACGAACGUUUUGAAGCAGCUUGAUUUAAACCCCGCCAACUAUUACGUGCAAGUGUCGGCGUUUAAGUUCCUGGGCAACAUUCGCGGGCAGCUGCAACGAGGGAUGUUCGUUCCGUGCAUGUCGGUAUGA